CCCUCUUGAUCCCUUGCGCGGAUGACUUGACAACGGAGAAAGAAUUCUCUUCAGACCGCACAAAAACAACGACACAACAGGUACUCGGAGAUGACAUGCGCAGCGCAGAUGGACAACUGAAUCCACCGCCAAGUGCCAAGCCUGAUUUGGGCAUUUCCACAGUGUCGUCUGAUGCACUCCAAGCGGUGCUAGACAGGCGGCGGCAGCUGCUUACACAGCUCUUCUUCCUGUCCACUUACACCGAUGUGCCGCUAGAGCAGGAAGGCCUUGAUGAUCCGGACUUGGAGCGCUUCCUGGCUACGAACGAAGGCCACUUCAAACAAUCUACUUUACCUGUGCCUGCGCCGCGGAUCAAGGGCUAUGAAGUCGCACCCUUGCCAACACUUUCUGCAGCAGUAGAUCUGACGCUUUGGUUGCGGGCUGCCUCGUACCAGCCGAUGCAUGAUUUGAUGGAAGGUGCCAACAAGGUCGUCACAACAGAGGCCUGGCUUGCCUCAAUUCAAGAGCAAAAAUGGAUCAAGACUUGCAAACGCAUUGAGCAGCUCAAGCAGCAAAACAAAUGGUCGCUUCGGCAGCCUGUCAAGCCUGUCAUUGCACGGCGAAAGGCACACCAUGACUUUAUGCUCGAUGAGAUGGCCUGGAUGCAAACUGAUUUUCGUGAAGAGCGAAAGUGGAAGAUGGCUAUGGCCUGUGAGAUGGCGUAUGCCGUCAAGGCAUGGCAUGAAGCAAGUGAUAAGCGGUCGUUGACCAUUUCUGCUUCGCCUGUACAGCAUCUCAGCCAACCGACCACGGAGCCUUCUUUGGAACACCCGAUGCCUGACUUGCCUAUUUUUGGACCUCCAGCGCCAUUCAAUGAUGCGAUACCAGAUUCACCUGUUGUUCCUGUCAGCAAGUUUUCCUGCGGUGCCGUUCAAGUCAAGCCGAGCAAGAAGCGGAAGCGGCAAGUCAUUAUACCCGGUCCACCCUCGGAACACCGUCGCAAGACGAUCCUUACGCUCUCUGUUCGGCCGCCGAUGCCACCACCAGCAGACAGACCCAAGUCGACCUGGACACCCGAGAUGGACGAUGCGUUACUUGGCUAUGUCACAGAGUAUCAGCAUAACUGGGAUCUCAUCGCGAACGCACUCACGCCCUCCAACAUGCUUGUUGCUGUGGCUGAUCGCAAAACAUCGUGGGACUGCUUUGAGCGGUGGAUACAAAUCGAUGUGCGUGCGAACGAUGCCCUCUUCACAGGCCCGCAUGCUCGAUUAGUGCAAUCCAAGGUGGAUGAUUUGAUUCGUGCCCCCAAGACUGAACGUCGCAAGUCGAUUGUUGCUCAGCCACCCCUCUUCAAGAAGCAACGACAGUUCAGCUUGUUUGAUGCUAUGCGCAAGGUGCAGCGGAAACGUGAAAACACCACCAAGCCAGCUGUGCCGCCCAAAAAGGUGGAGACAAAGACACCGCCGGUGGUUCCGUCCCCAGCGCACUUGUCACAAAUGAAGUAUGAGCGUGAUCAACAAAUUGCGCGAGCCUUUCAAGAGAGCAAGAAUCAGCAGCUUCUUGCCAUGCAGCAGCAACAACAACGUAUGGCAAAAGGUCCGCCGACACCUGCGCAAAUCGCUCAAUUGCAAGCAGCUAGACAAACGCACGCACGUCAGCAAUUGGCACAGCAACAACAUCAGCAAGCGCAACAACAAGCACAGAAUGGUGCUGUGAGUGUAGCACUCAAUGGAUCCAUUUUGAAUGGUCGCCCGGUACAGGUGUCAAGACCGUCGCUGGUUGGGCAGAUGCCAGCACGGCCUGGCUCUCAGGGAACGCCGUUUGCAUUGCCGAAUGGCACAACGCUGCGGAUCCCAGCAGGUCAACGACUGACGCAGGAGCAAAUGGCCAAGUUGUUGCAAGAAGCACGUGCAGCAAAGGGGUUAUCCCCUGGACAGCCCAUGUCUCAAGCAGCGCAGCAAGUGCAGUUGCAACAACAGCAGCAGCAGCAGCAGCAGCUUCAACAACAACAGUUGGCGAAACAGCAGCAGCAGCAGCAGGCGCAGGCCUUGGCACAGCAAGCACGGUCACCGAAACCUGCUCCCAAGUCAACGGAGAAGGCUCGCUAGUAUCGAGACACGGAUCAGCGUAACAUUUUUUGUACUUUCUACUGUAAAAUGAGAGUCUAUAUUUGGUCCUUUGAUUCUAUUUUGGUGGCAGCGUUCUUGACGCAUGCAACCAUGCAUUGCGCAGUUUCAGGGGGGAAAUAAGUCUAGACUCGUUUUGCUGUUCGAGUGGCCUGCCUUUGGAGAAGU